AUGAUGAUUUUGGUUAAAAUGUAGAAAAGUAGUAUUAUUUUGAAUAAAUAAUAGGAGAUAGCAAUUAAUAGAGGAAAAUAAAAAGAAGUCAGAAUAAAGUAUAUAAAUUGUCUAAAAUUUAUUAAAUAGUAAAUUAUUAGAAACCAAGUACAAGAGGAUGUGAAUAGUCAUUCGAAGACAUAAAAUUUAUAGAUAAAUUUAAAUGA